UUAAAAGCUCAAACUAUAGUUUCAGGCAAGAUACACGAACGAGGAAAAAUUUCUUUAAUAAAGAAAAACAAAGUGUCUGUUUUAUAACAAGAAACAAAAUAUCUCAGCUAAUCCUUAGGCCUUAUCGAUUUCGCAGGAAAUCCCUGUAAUAGUCUCACAAAGCUGACUGCUGCCUUUCUCCACGAUUCUUGUGUUACAGCAGCUUACAAUUGAAAUAAGCCACAAAUUUCUGUGUAACGUAUGACCCGAUGGAGUUACUCUUACAGUCUUGUCUCACUCGACAAGGCCGUGUAGGAAAAAGACGCAAUUAAAACAAUAACAUAAUGAACCCGAAUAUUUGCCCAGUAAAGUACACUUUUAGAUGCGUUUAAAAGAAAAUGUCACUCACUAAUGCCUUCCAACGAUAAUAGUGACUUGUAUAGUGUCCCAUUUAACAGCCUGAACAAAUGCAACACUUUGUAUCACAAAGUGUUCUGACAGCUCUAGCCAAUUUAGAAAUUUGUAACAAAUGCCAUUCCUGUCAUCGCGUGCUUCGAUGUACCAAUGAGGAGGCGUUGUGUUACGUCAAAGAGGAAAGCGAGACAGCAUCUAAUUGGUAGUGAUUGACAUCGCCUAGAGUUACUUAUCUAGUGGUGUGGCCCAUAAACAUCAGUCUGCUCAUUUCCUCGUACCAUUUACUUCAUUUAGCUGACUUUCAAAAGUCAAUUCGCAAAGCAAGAGUUUCGACGCAUCAUCACAACCGAAGGCCGGAGUAGAAAGACCAUGCUCCAUUCGCCAAACGUGACAGCACCUUUUACAGUCCGCAAUCUUUUAAAUUUACCAGAAUACAAUCCGGUAAGUUACAAAGAAGCUGGUCCAGUCGAAUGCUUGACACACAUGACUUCGGUCCACGUUAUGCCAAACAAGAAUGAGGAAAAUGCAAACAACGGGCUGCCAUUACACGAAAAUCAUCAUCCGAACUUCAUAUAUCCAGAAACGCCGAGAUCGAUGUACCUAAAGAACGACGUAAACCACCAUGCGAAUCUAAGCGGAUCGCACGCUCAUAUUCUCGAGCCCCCGUGCCCUCCAGUGUCAAUGGAAUCACAGUUAAACAACAAGUCAGAAAGCCAAGAGAUCACUCAAGAGCUUCAGCAUACACAACACACUUCGCCUAACGCCAACGAGAUGCAUCAUCAAGUCACAAAUCCCAGCUUAGCCACAACCGAAGUGCCCAACAAACAGAAACGUAUACGACGGAAACCACGAGUCCUGUUCUCUCAAGCGCAAGUCUACGAGCUAGAAAGGCGAUUCAAGCAACAAAAGUAUCUAUCGGCACCCGAGAGAGAUCACCUUGCAAGCAUGUUAAAACUUACAUCCAACCAAGUAAAGAUCUGGUUCCAGAAUAAACGCUACAAAUGCAAGAAGCAAGCGCUUGAAAACAAAGCGCGGACGGCCGGUAUGGAAUCUUGGUAUGGCCUGCCGCCAGAACCUCGUAGAGUAGCCGUGCCUGUUCUCGUACGAGAUGGCGAGCCGUGCUUGGGAAGGGAACCUUAUGGUUUAAAUAUGAACAUGAAUAUGAACAUGAACUUCGCCCCGCAUUACAUGAACAUGUACCCACCACCGCAGAACAACCAUUUAGCAAACAGAACAUGGUAACUGUAAAGUCUAACUUCGCGAUAAUCUAAGAAACAAGCAUUUCCUAUGACAUUGCAAAGCAGGACAAGAAUGAACAACUCUUAUCAAUGACACUAAACAGAGACGCGAGAUAUUUAAAAUUUUCUGGUGAAAGUAGAAGAAAGAUACGAGUUACAUUAGCCAGAAAAUAUUCUAGAAAGCAAAGAAAACAAUAAUAUUUAGACGAUAUUUUUAAGAAAAAAUGCCGGCUACCUUUAUCGUGUAAAUUAAGAAAAGGUAAGAAAUGUUAAUAAUUAUUGAUAAGUAAGAGUUAAACACUGUACCAAAAGCAUACAUCCAAUCGCUCCAUGUACACAUUUUGUAAAUUUCGUUUAUGUAAGCCUGUUGUGUGAGGCGCUAAGUUUGCCACCUUGCACUGAUAAAUUUCACACGGAAAGAGGGUGUAAUAUUUCAACAGAGAUAUAUUUCCCACAGACGAAGUCAAAGCAUAAAUUUAUAAAUAGGAAAAAUAGACGAAUUAAGAUAUGUUGGGCGUCAUAAGCAAAAUACACGUGCGACACUGGCAAAUUUAAUAUCGGAUGAACACGAACAUAAUAUAGAUCUGAAGUUGACAUCAUUUCACAAUAUUGAACAUUCGUUUAAGAAAGAAUUAAUUCAAGAAAACUUAAAAUACCACAGAAAAGUAACUAUCAACAAGAUAUUUUCUUCUUCUUUUCCUUUUUUUUUUGAAAGAUAGCAGUUCUAACUUCGUGCCUUCUCAUAUCUAUUUUUCAUAAGUGAGGACCAGCUUUGGAAUUAGGCUGUCAAAACCUAUGUGUGAAUUUUGGCGAUAUCUUGAUGAUGAGUCCAAGAUAAGCAAUCAAGUAACUGAGAACUUGUCACAGCGUAACUCGUGCGUGCAUGGUUUUAAUGUUCACCUCGAGAUACAAGAAUAAUUAACGAUAAAAGCAGACAGAAGUUGCUUUGAACAGGAACACCGCGAGUAUAAAGAUAGCUUUUAAAGUAAUUACAUUCACUAGAAGUUAAUUGGCGAUUUAUGGUACACACAUUGUGAAAAGAAGCCAAGACCAACAAGAGAUUCAAAACACAAGGCUAUUAUAUUAUGUCCAUUAAGAUAUAUAUGUUCCGUGUCUCAAAUAUGAAGAUGAAGCCAGUGUUUUUAAAUCUGCUGGCUUAUGUCAGCUGUUACAAAAAAAAAACGGGUCAUCCUUUCGUACUAUUGACGCAAAUAUUUUUAUUUUUGGUUUAUUUCAACUAGUUCUUUUUAAACGAAUAAAAUUUUAAACCGAAAGGA